AUGCUGAUUGUCUUCUCUGUCUUUUACGAGCUUCAAACCCUCUGCUCCAUCAGACCUCGUCACAUCUGUGGAGAAGCGAGUCCACUCUCAGAUUAUAGAGACGCCAAAGUCAGGGGACGUGGAGGACCUCAUCAGAAAACUGCAGCUUUGGCUAAAUUAAAGGAGGAAAAAAAAUUUAAUCUGCAGCUGUCAAUCAAUGACACGAUCACCGCAAUUAUUCACAAAGACAUCACAGGUCUGCGGAUCACAGGUACAGAGGUCUGUGGAUCACAGGUACAGAGGCCUGCGGAUCACAGGUACAGAGGUCUGCGGAUAACAGGUACAGAGGUCUGCGGAUCACAGGUACAGAGGUCUGCGGAUCACAGGUACAGAGGCCUGCGGAUCACAGGUACAGAGGUCUGCGGAUCACAGGUACAGAGGUCUGCGGAUAACAGGUACAGAGGUCUGCGGAUCACAGGUACAGAGGUCUGCGGAUCACAGGUACAGAGGUCUGCGGAUCACAGGUACAGAGGCCUGCGGAUCACAGGUACAGAGGUCUGUGGAUCACAGGUACAGAGGUCUGCGGAUCACAGGUACAGAGGUCUGUGGAGCAUUGGUACAGAGGUCUGUGGAUCACAGGUACAGAGGUCUGCGGAUCACAGGUACAGAGGUCUGCGGAUCACAGGUACAGAGGUCUGCGGAUCACAGGUACAGAGGCCUGCGGAUCACAGGUACAGAGGUCUGCGGAUCACAGGUACAGAGGUCUGCGGAUCACAGGUACAGAGGUCUGCGGAUCACAGGUACAGAGGUCUGUGGAGCAUUGGUACAGAGGUCUGUGGAUCACAGGUACAGAGGUCUGCGGAUAACAGGUACAGAGGCCUGCGGAUCACAGGUACAGAGGUCUGCGGAUCACAGGUACAGAGGUCUGCGGAUCACAGGUACAGAGGUCUGUGGAGCAUUGGUACAGAGGUCUGUGGAUCACAGGUACAGAGGUCUGUGGAGCAUUGGUACAGAGGUCUGUGGAUCACAGGUACAGAGGUCUGCGGAUCACAGGUACAGAGGUCUGCGGAUCACAGGUACAGAGGUCUGUGGAUCACAGGUACAGAGGUCUGCGGAUCACAGGUACAGAGGUCUGCGGAUCACAGGUACAGAGGUCUGCGGAUCACAGGUACAGAGGUCUGCGGAUCACAGGUACAGAGGUCUGCGGAUCACAGGUACAGAGGUCUGCGGAUCACAGGUACAGAGGUCUGUGGAGCAUUGGUACAGAGGUCUGCGGAUCACAGGUACAGAGGUCUGCGGAUAACAGGUACAGAGGUCUGCGGAUCACAGGUACAGAGGUCUGCGGAUAACAGGUACAGAGGUCUGUGGAUCACAGGUACAGAGCUCUGUGGAUCACAGGUACAGAGGCCUGCGGAUCACAGGUACAGAGGUCUGCGGAUCACAGGUACAGAGGGCUGCGGAUCACAGGUACAGAGGUCUGCGGAUCACAGGUACAGAGGUCUGCGGAUCACAGGUACAGAGGUCUGUGGAGCAUUGGUACAGAGGUCUGUGGAUCACAGGUACAGAGGUCUGCGGAUAACAGGUACAGAGGCCUGCGGAUCACAGGUACAGAGGUCUGCGGAUCACAGGUACAGAGGUCUGCGGAUCACAGGUACAGAGGUCUGUGGAGCAUUGGUACAGAGGUCUGUGGAUCACAGGUACAGAGGUCUGUGGAGCAUUGGUACAGAGGUCUGUGGAUCACAGGUACAGAGGUCUGCGGAUCACAGGUACAGAGGUCUGCGGAUCACAGGUACAGAGGUCUGCGGAUCACAGGUACAGAGGUCUGCGGAUCACAGGUACAGAGGUCUGCGGAUCACAGGUACAGAGGUCUGUGGAGCAUUGGUACAGAGGUCUGCGGAUCACAGGUACAGAGGUCUGCGGAUCACAGGUACAGAGGUCUGCGGAUCACAGGUACAGAGGUCUGCGGAUCACAGGUACAGAGGUCUGCGGAUCACAGGUACAGAGGUCUGCGGAUCACAGGUACAGAGGUCUGCGGAUCACAGGUACAGAGGUCUGUGGAUCACAGGUACAGAGCUCUGUGGAUCACAGGUACAGAGGUCUGUGGAUCACAGGUACUGA